CCUCCUGCUGCGCCGGCGCCGGGUGCUUUAGACUCAGCUCUCCCUCUCGGCUGGAACGCUGAGCGCAUGCGCCUUGACAGAUGGGCUGGGUCUACAUGGAGAACUGCUUGGCGGCCGCGGCGCUGAACGGGGUGGACCGGCGUUCCCUGCAGCGCUCGGCUAGGCUGGGUCAAGAAGUGCUGGAGCGGGCUAAGAGGAGGGCGGUGGACUGGCCUUCUCUGGAGUUUCCCAAAGGCAGCGUGGGGGUCAUUUCCCAGGAGCGGCCCUACGGAGAAAGAUGGCCCGCAGCCGGCCCCGAGCGCCUUCUCCUAGGAGAGAGAGAAGAAAGAUGCCCAACCCUCAGUGCUUCCUUCAGAACAAUGGCUGAAUUCAUGGACUAUACUUCAAGUCAGUGUGGGAAAUAUUAUUCAUCUGUGCCAGAGGAAGGAGGGGCAACCCACGUCUAUCGAUAUCACAGAAGGAAGUCACAACUGCACUCGUGCUCGGACCUAGGGAGUGGUCAGAGUAAAACAACAUCCCUUGGAUUUGGAGGCAGCUGUCAAGCCCCAGAGUGCAUCCCAGAGACAUCCCCGCCUGCUGACAACAUCUCUAAGGACCUCUACAUAGAAGUGUAUCCAGGGACCUAUUCUGUCACUGUGGGUGCAAAUGAUCUAACCAAGAAGACUCAAGUGGUGGCAGUUGAUUCAGGACAAAGUGUGGACUUGGUUUUCCCCAUAUGAUAUUGACUAUCACGUUACCUUUUUUAAGUAGCAAGGAGAAUAAAACCACCACGUGAUUCUCGUAACAUUUACACAUCCAUCCUGCUUUGGGCAACAACCGUAAAGGGUCGGCCUUACGGGGAACUGGCGCUUGUCUCUUUCAGGGCCUAUUUUUUUUUUUUAAGUGUAGAAGUCCUCUUACCCUGUUUUCCCUGAAAGUAAUAAUGGCUAUCUGAAUAGUUUUUACUGCUUGCUUUCCAAGUAAAGGUUAAUCAUGAUAAUAAAAAGGAGACUCAAUUUGGAAAUAAAGAGAAUACCUUUUUAUUAGUAUUAGGAGCAACAAAAUGUUGCUCCUGUACAACUGUAGGCUUUAUGAAAACACGGCAGAGAGGCUGUGGACGCAGACGCCCCAAGCAGGCCGACCACGUCUCCUGUGACUUGUGUGGAGUAGCGUCCUCCAAGCUGACCCCACCGGGCCGGCAGCCCUGGCCAGGGCCGCCAGCACACCAGUGCCUCUCACCACAGGUGCCUCCCUGCCGCCCCUCUGCAGGGAAGUCUUAGUGGGGCGACGAUGCUGCUGCUCAUUCAGCUAUCCCCCGUGGCCUGCACGCUACCUCCUUCCACUGGAGGCUUUGCCAGCCACUCUGUAACUCCUCCUCAGGAAUUUACUGUCUGUAGCUUCCUAUAAGGGGAAAAAAGCCCUCAGAGUCAGACCAAAAGUAAUUUUAAGGAUCAAAGGGCACUGAUUUUAAAAAGUCAUCAGUGAGUCCUUAGCAUUGAAGCUACCUCGCCGAUAGUGUUACUGCUGCACCUCUCAGUUGAGUUGCCUAGUUAUUCAUCUCAUUUUGAACAUGACAAGUCUUCCCUCAGGGGAAAAGCGCCGGCGCUUUACAUGAUGAACAUGAAGUUUUAAGUAGCGCUGUAUUAGCACUCCUAAUGAGAAUCAGACUCCCACGGCACAGGGCCUAGUAGAGCAGACCCGCGCCUACCACCAAAUAAGGGUCAUCUAACUGGGGACCCUUGCUCCCCUAAGAAGCUUAUGAUGACCUUUGUGGGUUCUGUAAGCUGUUUGAAAUUAUGUGCAAAAUUGUGGGUAUGUCAAUUUUUCUGGAAAGAAGAGAUGGGUUUUAUUUUCAAAGAGGGUGUGACCCCAAAAGGUUGAAGAACCAUAGGAGGAGUCCGGGAGCCCCUUCCCAAGGGAUUCAGAAGGAAAAACAAGGCAGUUACAAAAUAGUCAUGGCGACAUAAAGUGCAGCGUAGGGAAUAUAGUCGAUGAUGUUGUGAUAACUGUGCGGUGCCAGGUGGAUGAAGGAAUUAUCAGGAUGUCAUUUUGUAAAUUAUGUGAUUGUCUAACAACUAUGCUGUACAUCUGAAACUAAAAUAAUGUUGACUGUCAACUGUCACUGAAAAAAUUUAAAAAGUCCCUUCCGAGCCAUGCUGCUUUACCUGGGUCCUCAGGGCAUUUAGUCUGAGCAGCUCUGGCCUCUCGGACACGCUGUAGCCGCUCCCUGACUCCGUGGUCUGCUUGCAGCUUUCUCCGGCAGGAUCUGCACGGGCUUCGUGUUGGUUACUUCCAGGACCAGCUCCUUGGCAUUCCCCACUACUACAGUUUGAUCUCUCUGUUGUGUGUUGCCCUUCACGUCCUGGGCGUCACAACAUCUUUUUCCUAACCCUAAAAUUCAAUGGGGUAUGUUGAAUAUGUCACCAUUUUGAUGGGAUGGGCCUUGAUGGCUUAAGUACAACUAUGGCAAGGAUCACAGAAUCUCUUCACUGUGUAAGCUCCUAGCAC